AAUUUGGAAUAUUCUAAAGCAUUUCUACAUCAUGUUGGAAAAUUCUUUUUGACGAACACACAAGUUUUCUGUAGUCACACACAAAUUUUUACUCUAAGAUCGUACUUUUGCCGUUUACAAUUGAUUGACGUUGAUGAACACACCCAAUAAUCGGAUCAGAUAUCGGAUCGUAUUGAAUCGUAUCAGAUCGGAUACUACGAAAUUUAGUUAGCGAAGAAAUUAAUCGACCUUGGACUAACACAAUGGUUGAGUAUACUCGCCAGCCAUGUCCCAUACGCGUUGUGGAGGAUUGUGGCUGUGCAUUUUUAAUGGGCGCCAUCGGAGGCACCAUGUUUCAGUCUAUCAGAGGAUUUAGGAAUGCACCAGCUGGUCUGAUGCGUGGCUUAUACGGUGGCCUCGAUUCGGUCAAGAUGCGAACGCCAGCGAUGGCCGGCAGCUUUGCUGUCUGGGGCGCCACCUUCAGUUCGGUGGACUGCACCAUGGUUUAUCUGCGUCAGCAGGAGGACACAUGGAAUUCAAUAAUCAGCGGAGCUGCCACAGGCGGCAUUCUCGCCGCACGCAAUGGCUUUAAGGCGAUGGGCAAUGGCGCUUUAGUGGGCGGCCUAGUGCUUGCACUGAUUGAAGGUGCUGGCGCUGCAGUGGCCACCAUUUAUGCCGCACAGCCCGGGGAGACAGUACCGAUUCCCUUGCGUCCCGAAUGGGAGCUGCUGACAUCACCUGUCGGGGCGGCGCAACUAGCAGAGAGCGGCACCUGCGAGGCACUGGCGGAGAUUGAACGUGUGGUGGAAAAAUGCAAUAGUCAUCGAGUGCCCCACACACGUAUCUCAAUGUUUAGCCGGGCAUCUGCAACGAAUCUCACAGAGAAUGUGGGUCCAACUGAAAGCCACGAGAAGUUUGUGAAGCCACCAUCACUGCUGGAGCUGGUCAGGUUGUCAAACUUUUUUUAAAACUUGCAUGUCGAAGAGCAUUUUGGCAGUCUUAGUAUUCUUAAAAUAUCAGCUAAAUUAAAUGUCAAACUUGAGAA